UUCACCUUAACUUGAACGCCGAUUCCCAUUUUUCCGCUUCUUGUGAAUAUUUUUUUAGUGUAUUUUGUAUUUAAUUUGUUAAUAUUUUAAUUUUAUCUAUUAAAAAAAAUGUUUACCACCGACAUUAUGAACUUAAACAAAUCUCAAAUGUUUGAGAAAAUUCGCUCUAGCUUAACAAUCGAAGCAAAUAUAACACAAAACUUAUUAGAGUGCAAAGAUGAUCUGCUAUAUGCUUGGAAUAGUUCAGAUUCAAGUCUUUUAUGUGUAAAUUGGAGAGCAGCACAUUUAAAAGGAUUUACAAAUAUUAUUCAUCAAACUCUAAUUCCAUCAACACCUUUGACUUUUAAAGUUGAACGAGUAUUGGCUUCCAUUGAAGGAUCACUUGUUGCUUUAUCUGGACCACAUGGAUUUAAAAUAAUUGAACUUCCUCGACGAUGGGGAGCAAAUGGUCAAUUUAUGGAUGGAAAACCAACAAUCACAUGUAGAUCAAACAAUAUUGAUGCUCAUUUCUUUAGUAAUAAUCCUCAUAUAGAAAUUCGCCAAUUACGAUGGCAUCCAGCAUCCCCAACCGAUUCACAUUUACUUGUUUUACUUUCUGAUAAUACAAUUCGCGUCUAUGACAACUGUACUUUGCGCCAUGUUUGGCAAGUUGGACCUUAUCCAAUGGUUCAUAUGAAUAAUGCCAAUAAUUCUACUAAACUUCCAUCACCUCAUUCUCUUGGGGAAUCAAGUGUUGAUUUCGAUAUUGGACCAGCAAUGACUGCAUCUUCGGAUGUAUCAUUUUCUAAUCUUAAUGUAUCUAAAUCUAUUGUUUCAGAUGUAGGCAAUCCUCGAGAUAGUCUUAGUAAAGAUUCCAUUUCAGUAAAUGAUACUGUAGGAAAAGUAGUAAAUGAAAAAGUCGAAUGGCCAAUUGUGGUUCUGAGAGAGAAUGGAAACAUUUACAUACUCUGUGCUGGAAUAGACAGUGAAAAACCACGACUUCAAGGGCCACUAACUAUUCGUCCUCAAGCUAUUGAUAAUUUCGGACUAGAUUCGUGUUCGAUUCUUCUUAUUUCUUCACUUCCACCAACAAUUGUUAUUGCCGAAUCAACUGGAAGGCUACACCAUGCCUUAUUGAUUCAAGCAGAUCAACACGAACACUCUUUUAAUGAGGUUGACUCUAGUCUGAUUAUUCAUCCUUCCGAAUGGACUUUGGAAGUUUUAGAAACGAUUGAGUUGGAACUUGGAAUUGCUGAUACAAGAAAUGAAACAAGUAAUUCAUACUCUUGCCCCAUUCAUCUUAAAAGAGAUCCUGUUAAUGAAAUGCGUUACUUUGCCUAUCACAAUGCUGGCUUGCAUGUUGUGACUGUUAACUUUAUUGCUGAAUUGGAGCGUUAUUUGGACACAGAUGUAAUUUCAGAUACACCAUCACUUUCAAAUCAAUCUCGUGCAGAAUAUCUUGUUUGCACAAAGAUCAGCACUGGAUCCAAGAUUAAUGCAGUUCUUGGAUUUGUUCUAUUGCAAAUGCCAUCGGGAAUCGUUUUACUUCUAUCAAGUGGACAGGUGAUAUCAUUAAAUUUAGUUAUUGAUACAAAAUUGCUUCUUAAUCCAACAGCUGCCAUUGAGCCCAACACCAAUAAAGACAGAAGAAUAACUUCCAUUGACAAUUCUUCUGGUCUUUCAUUUGUAGAACAUAUUCAAAAUAUACUCAAGCGUAGUGUAACACAACCAAUAAUGUCACUUGAUAAAUCAGCUCAACCCAAACCGCAAGAGUCUUAUGAACUUUUAACACAAACAAUAGAAGUUUUGCGAACACAAUAUAUGAAAAAACAUGAAUUAGUCCGCAGUGAGUUUUUGCAAAAAUUAAAUGCAAUUAAAUUACAAAAAGAACAACAGCGAAAAGAAAUUGAAUAUUUGGAAAGACAAAAAGAUUCAAUUCAAGAAAAUGCCCAUAGAUUGGCUGAAAGAUUUGAAGAAAUUAGUGAAACACAAGACUUGCUUUCGAAAAAGUGCCAAAAUUGGAUACGGCAAGCUAAUACAUGUCUACCGAGUAAUGCUCAAGCUGAGAAAGAACUUGUUGAAGAGGUUGAAAAAAUUAAUAAAACAUAUAAAAGUUUGGCAAAUGUUCCACAAAAAGCUAAAGAGAAUAUCAAUAGACAGAGUUAUCAUACUCAAAAAUAUUUUGAAAAUUCAAAGAAUAAAUCAUUUGAUUUGCCAGAGAAACAAGAAACAACUAUUAAGGAAAUUCUUACACAAAUGAUGGGAGAAAUUGAGGGUCAAGUUAAAGAAGUCAAGCGAAUUAAUACUAUACUCAAUUUGUAAAACAAUAAAGUUA